AGAACGGCAGCAGCAGCAGCAGCAGCAGGAGGCAUUGUGCAUUUUUUAAUACACACACAGACGCGUAUUUACCGCUUCAAAAGAAAGGGAGCGAUACAGAUACAGAGAUACAGACAGCCAGCCAGCAGUGAGGCAAAGUGAAGUAGUUCAGGCCAAGCCAGUCGUAGGGCCAAGCCAAGUGUAACGAUAGAUAUCCAAUACUUCGACGUAAGCAGAAACAAAAACAAACAAAAAGCCAAACCCAACCCCCAUAUAGCACUUGACAAGUGGACAGAGAGCAGAGCCGAGCAGAGCCAUGUCGUCGUCAACAUCAUCCACGUCCACUUCGAGCGCGAAACUGGAGCACCAGCACCAUUCGAAGCCCAUACUCAGUCCAACACGAUCCCUGGACGAAGGUUUCGAAAGUGAUCCGGAUCGGGUUUCCACCGAUUCAGAGCAUCAGACAAGUGGAACUGCCACUGCCGCCAGCAGCAGCAGCAGCAACAACAACAACAACAACAGUAACCAUAACAAUGCCAGCAAGUUGGCGCAACUUAGUUCGGCGGCCACUGGCGGCGCCUCCUCCACUGGCUCUGGAUCGGAGAAGCCAGCAGUAGCAACGGGCAUCAGCAGUGGAGGAGCCACAAUAUCAGGCGGCAGCAGCAUGGCCAGGGGAGCCCUCUCUUUGGCCGCACCCCAGCUGCAGCGACGCGAGUACUUCAAGGAUCAGCAAAACAGCCAGCAGGUGGGCAUGGCCAAGGCACGACAGAUCAGUGUCCAGCAGCAACACCAGCAACAGCAGCAGCAGCAGACUCUGCCCCACCAGCCACGGCUGCAGUACCAGAAGCAGCGACAGCCCCUCGUACCCAGUGCCGCCUCCAGUGUCCACAAUCAUCGCUUGACCCACGGCGGACCCAUCUCCGGCUCGGGUCAAGUCGGUGUGGGCCAGGGAUCUGCCGGAGCUGUGUCAGUGACCAGCGGAUUUCGGCGCGGACGUCGCCUCCAUUUGGCCGCACAUAAUCCAGCCCGAAACGGAAUGCGCUCCCAUUCGGUGGAUGCCAUUGCCAGACAUCGCCAUGGCUAUGAUCCCAGCAGCCUGAUCCUCAAGCACGAUGGUAAUGGUAAUGUGAGCAGCUGCUCCAGCCCCAAUGGACCGGGACCGACCAGGAUGCUCAACUACAAGACCCCGGCCGGAGGCAGCUCCCCGGGCACAGCGGCCGGACAGGCGCUACUCGUCCAGCCCAUCUCCAGUGCCACAUUAUCACCGUUGGUGGCUGCUGGCGUCGAUGUGGUGGAUGGUGGCGGUUCCUCCCCGGUCAUGGCCUCGGCCACCCACAGCCUGUACACGUUCUACCCGGCGGAGGGCAAUCUCCAGGUGUGGCAAACGGAGUGCGGCGAUCUAACCUACAAGUCAUCCAGGAAUAUGCAUCAGCUCCACAAGGCGCCCGUGUGCUGGACCCAGUCGAUACCACGACAGGCCAGAAGGUACAUAACACCAGCAGCGGCGGCCACGGCAACGGCAACAACAUCAUCCGUCACAUCAUCGACCGGCGGCGGCACCAAUCUGGCAGUCUAUCCCACGGCCACGGCCCAGGUAUAUCGCUCCAACAACGGACUGGACGUCCUGGACUGUGCCGGACUGGAGCACCACGGCAAUGGUGGAACAACAACGUCUGCCAGCUCCAGCACAGGCUUCUCCCAGCGCCUCAGGGAGCUGGCCGCAUCGGCAGGUCUGCUCUCCCUUAAGCCGCGUCAGCCCCUGAAGCCGGUGAUCAAGACGCGCGGCUCCCCGGGACCGGAGUUCCCCAAGAAGGUCACCUUUAGUGCCUUUGCCACAGUGCAAGUGGUGUGAGGGGCGGGGGCCGGGACGGAGGACCGAGGGUCCAGCGUGGCAUCUGUGCAGGCACAGAGCAAGUUCCGUCUUGCACUUGUUAACCAUUAUUUGUUGUUGUUGUUUUAAUCAUUGUUGCUGUUGUUAAAUGUUUAGCCAAAACUAUGGGAACUGGAAGAGGAAAUCGGAACUGGAACUGGAUUUUAGCAAGGAAUACAAAUCCUGAAAGAAGCCUUCAGAACAUAAGAAAAGAAAAAUGUUUGUGCCAUGACUAUGGCUUGAUAAAAAAUUAACUAUAUAGAAGAGAAAUAUGUAUACCCCAUAGCUGGAAUAAUACCUCAAAGACAAACCCCUCAACACUUACACACUCCAUCGCCAUCAUCUCUCUGUCAUCUCUCCUUCAUUGUUCCAUGAACUUUUCAUUUUGGUAGACUGACUUUUCAAAGAACCUUCUCUUACCCUACUCUCUUACAUUAAACAGUAUUUUCCCAUCUUUAAAUCACUUUCCUCACACACACACACACACACACACACAAUAAGGAAAACCAAUUGA